CGUCUUCGAAUUUUGGUAUCCUCCACGUUAUCUCUUCCCUUUCGUCUCCACCCAUCAACGCUCCUUCCGCAAAUGCUUUUCUUCCGCUUUCAAUUUGUCUUCAUCGUCUUCAGCUAAUACCGCCACCAGUAACCCACUCCCGACGCAUAUUCCACCGCUUUUCUUCUUCUCAGUGGAAUCGAAGCCUAGCCUUCGUCUACACAGCGAUGGUAGCAAGGGCUUUGUGUCUACACGAGCACGAAUCGACACUGUUUGAGCAAUCGACAGUGGCGGAGGAGGUGGAGGGGAUCGGAAAGGUAAGUGAAAAGGGUUCCCGGUGAAACCAUCCUCAAACCUUCAAAAUUCCUUCUCUGAUCAUCUCACAAUCAUCACCACCACCCUAGAUGCCGUCUUUUCACCACCUCCGUCUUUCAGAGCCAUAAUCGUCGGUGGUGGCUCCGUAUACCCCUUAUGCGCCCCUGUCAUCCAAUAGCCUCCUGCACGGCCAUAGGCUGCUCCACCGUUUGUGGUUAAUCCACCGACGCAUCACCCCUUAUGAUUUUGUGCCCUCUUGCAAUCAACCACCGACCACAACGAAAUCGCAUCAUCUUUUUUUGUUGUCCAUUAUUAGGAAGAGGGUACUUGAAUAAACCGUGUCAACAAGAAUAAGGGCGUUCAGUCAGACGGGGAAGUAGAUGAAGAACGGAAAAUCCCCUAUUUCUACAUUUUCUUUUGGUUCGAUUCGUGCUAGUCACUUCAAUGUUUCCCCAAAUCCAGACACACAUACACAAUUCUGGGCUUUGGAUUCACCUCAUUUGCAGUCUUCUAGAAUUUAUUAUGAAUUUCCAAAGUGGACCGAUCCAAACAAUAAACUGCACAGAGUCGUCUGGAAGGAUUGAAACUUUCCCCUUAAUUGAGUUCAUCAACAAAUUAUCUAUGGAUGAGAUGCAUUCAUGCAUUAAUCGGCCCAGAUCCUUUCAUUAUGUUUUCUUGGAAGAUCAGCUUGAAAUGAUUCCAUUUCCACGAAGAAAGAUUACAAGUUCGGAGGAUUUUCAUGGUCUCUCAUUCAUGGAUGUAUUGUUCAACAAUCUCAGUUGUGCAUCUCCAAAAAUACUAGCUAAAGAUUACAACUGGAAGGCAAGUCUACAUUCAGGAAAGGAGAACAAACAGCAACAAUGGAUCUUCUGGUAGAAUGUUAUAGAAACCCUUAGUUGGGAGGUUGAAACCCUCUAUCUCAUACUUCAGAAUCGAUCAAAUGUACCCUCUGUAUAACUUAUCUUAUGAAGAAGAUUCUUUCUAUAUAAAUUUAUUUCAACAUUGUUUUUAUACUAAGUUAUCUUAUGUGUAUACAUUUGUAUUUAUGCACCU